GUUCGGAUUCGAAACCAGGGUGCGGACGGCUUUCCGGCUUCCGCGAGCGGCCGAGGGGAGACCGUCAUGGACCCGUUUCGGAUGCUGCUGCUCUCGGUGUCGGCCGACCUGUCCAGCGGCGAGCUGACCGAGCUCAAGUUCCUGUGCCAGGGGCUGGUGGGCAAGAGGAAGCUGGAGCGCGUGCAGCGCGGCCACGAGCUCUUCGAGGUGCUGCUGGAGCAGAAGGACCUGGAGGCCGAGCACACUGAGCUGCUGCGCAGCCUGCUGACCUCGCUGCGGCGCCACGACCUGCUGCGGCGCCUGGACGACUUCGAGGCGGGGGCGGCGGCGGGGGCCGCGCUCGAGGAGGCAGAUCUGCAUGCGGCAUUCAACAUCAUAUGCGACAACGUGGGGAAAGACUGGAAAAGACUGGCCCGCCGCCUCGGAGUUCCUGAUGCCAAGAUGGAUGGAAUCGAGGAGAGAUACCCCCGCAACCUGAUGGAGCGGGUGAGGGAGUCGCUGAGGGUGUGGAAGAACAGCGAGAGGGAGAAGGCGACGGUGGCCCGCCUGGUCGAGGCGCUGAGGGCCUGCCAGAUGAACCUGGUGGCCGACCUGGUGGAGGAGGAGCAGCAGGCCCGGGGGCUCCAAGACGGGAGUGAGGCUGUGUCCCCAAUGCGAUGGGACCCAGACACACACCCCUCAGGAGCUCCCUGACGGGCACGCGCUCUCCUUGGGGACCGUGGGACGUGCUUCUCUGUUGUGCCAGCGCAGUGACGUCCCCAGGAGCCAGGCAGAGCUCCACUCAGCCGCUCCAGCUGCAGAGAAAAGCUGCGUUUCCUGAGCGCUGCCUCCGCCGGGCUGGGCCCUGGACCCGCCACAGAAGCUGCACGUGCUCCUCAGCACACCUUGGACAGAGGCUCCAGGUCUUCCCUGACGCAGGGCCAGCAGGGGAAGGUCGCAGCUUCGGGCACGGAAGGCACUUGUGCACUUCAGCAGUCAGACCUGUUACUCCGCAGGUGAGGAAGGGUGCGCACUGGGGCCAGGCUGGAGGGAAGGCACUCGUAGCAGCGCAUCUGGCUCCAGAGAACCCAGGCUUCUCACCAGCCUGUCCCACUGCCAACCCCACAGUUGACAAAAGGCUCCUUUUGUCCCAUUCUUUGAGGUGACAGGGCAGACCAGCCUCAGGUGCUGUCCUGGUCUAGGAGUCAGGGCACCUGAAGUGGCCCUUGCCCUGAGUGGGUGGAGCCACGAGGCUGACCACGCGAGGCCUGGACACGCUCCCGAGGGACUGGUGCACAGCCAGCUCCGCAGAGGCCCGUUCCCGUGAGGAGCGGGUCUCGUGAUUCUCCAGUUGUGUCAGGGUCGCUGUCCUGGAAGGGGCGUGAGAUCUGGAGUUGAACGAGCCUUCCAUUAAAGUGAGUGUCUUCAAACUGGAAACCUCCAAGUGCCUCUGAACCAAGUGCCUUUGUACCGAAAACUCCCCUCACAGAGAAUUCCCCGGUCCUGUUGGUGGCUUCUUCAUUUCACGUGUUCUGAGAAGUUCAGCACAGCCGACGUCCCCACCCCUGUGGCUUACCCUGGUUCCUGCCGCUGAAAGUGGAGGCGGGAUUCUCUAACAGCUCACUCCCCAGGAGCAAGAGUGCUGAGCUAAGCAAGAGGCGAUCUGCUAGAAGGCAGGUUUGCCACCCGUGGGAACUGCCUGCUCCUGAGAGACAUUCUUGUGGUUCCAGAACGUUCCCCCAAAGCUCACACAUUGAAGGCUUGUAGCACUGUCCAGAGGUGGUGCUUGUAAGGAUUGACGGAUCAGCCGGGCGUGGUGGUGCAGGCUAUAAUCCCAAGGGCUUGGGAGGCUAAGUCAGGACUGCAAGUUUGAGACCAGUCCCAGCAACUGGGCAGGGCUCGAAGCAACGUGAUCAGGCCCUGUCCCACACUGACAAGGGCUAAGAAUGCCACUCAAUGUUUAGGCACCCAUGAGUUCAGUCCCCAGCACCAAAAAAAGCAGUGAUGGAACGAGGGCUUUGAGCCUCACCCGUGGAUUUACCCAUUUUGUGGCUCUUACGGCUUAGAUAUGAAGCAUCCCCCCAGCUCACGUGUGGGACAAUGCAAGAAAGUUCAGAGGUGAGGUGACGGGUUGUACAGGUUUAACCUAGUCAGGGCGUUGAUCCCCCAAUAGGGAUUAACUGAGUGGCGACUAAGCAGGCAAGUGGCCAGAGCGGGUGGUUCCUCAAGCUGUGCCUUUGGGGUAUGUGUUGUGUCCUUGGUGAGAGAACUCUGCUUCCUGACUGUCCUGUCCUGAGCCGCUUUCCUCUACCACACCCUUCACCAUCCCCUGCCUUCUCUCCAGCCCAGAGCAGCGGAGUCAGCUGUCUGUGGAUCGAGACCUCCUAAACCGUGAGUCCAGAUAAACUUCUCCUCCUCUGCAGUUGUUCUUGUCAGGUCUUUUGAUCACAGCGGCAAAAAGCCUUGACUAAAACAAGUUGGUACCAAGAAAUGGGGUUGUUGCUGUGAUUACUUGACCAUGUGGUUCAGAAGCUUUUGGAGCCUUUUGGAAUUUGUGGGAGGAAUUUUGAGAAGCUUAGCCAUGCAAGCUGGAGUGUUUUAGGUUGUUGUAAUCACAUAAUGUGUGAUUCUGGUGGGAGCUCAGAAACCAGGCAGCACCGACUAGGCUCCUGGAGGUUGGUCUAGAGACCAUACGUGUGCUCUGGCUAAGAAAAUGCCAGUGUUUUGUCUGAAUCCUGAGACUUUUUGUGAGGCUGAAUUCAAAGGUGAUGGACUUUGUAGUCCGGCAGAAGUUUCUAGGCAGCACAGCACUCACUUUGUGGCGUGAGUAUUGCCAGCAGCUUCCAGUUGAGUUUAUUGUGAUAAUCAGGGACAGAAGCAGAGCUGAAAGAUUCGGAAAAAACUUGCUGGUUGGCCAGAAAACUGCAAGUAAAACUGGGGCUAAGGAGGUGUCUGGAAGACGAUACAGCCACUGAACGCUAAAUGUCCCACCUGGAAAUACCGGGAACACGGCUCGCUGGCAUGAGGACUGGCAAGGUCACACCCGUCUCAGGAUCAGGGGAGCGAAGAGAUGAGAUGAGACCAGGGAGGCGCCUACUUGUACAACGUGCCCAGCCACCCAGACACUCGGGUGGCUGCAGCAGGGUCCCUGGACGCUCGACUGCUGAUCAGGAUGGUGGCAGACCUUGGCGUCAGCCACGCGGUUGCUGGAGUGCGGGGGUCAGGGAGGAGGCUUCUGGGAUUUCUCCCGGGAGGAUGCGCGGGACGCUGUGAAGGGAAGCCAGAGCUGAGCGAAGACCCGAGACGGAGCUGCCAGGGCUGGGCUGCCUGCGAGGGAAGCUGCAGGUGGCCGGGUGCCCUUGGGAGCCCCUUGCCACCAGGCGCCAGACCUGGAACCGCAGGACCCACGCUUGGUUUCUCCCGUUAGGUCCCAGCCCUUCCUUCUGCGCCCUCCCUCCUUCCUGGAGCAGGUGUUUUCUCUGGUUUUUGCAGGCUCACAGCUGAGUUUGCCUUGAAUCUCAGGCGACUUGGACUUUUCAGCAGUGCGGAUGUUGUUAGGGCUGGGGAUUCUCCAGGUGUGGUGGUGCACACCUGUAAUCCCGGCAGUGUAGGGAGGCCGGAAGCAGCUUCAUGGGACCUUGUCUCAAAAAUUAAAGGGCUGGGGAUGUGGCUCAGUGACCAAGUGCCCUAGAUUAAUCCCUGGUCCUAAAAAGAAAAAGGAGAACCCAGAGACUAGGUUCAGGGAGUGGCCUGGAGGUGGCCUGCGGGAUGGGAUGGGCGGGAGGAUGUUAGAGCUUGAAUCUGACUCUUCCCAGGAGCUCGUGGGUUGGAAGCUUGGUCCUGGGGCGGCAGCCUUCAGAGGUGGUCUCCUGACUGGGUCACCUGAGCUCUGCCCUCCAGGGUGGCGCGCUCCAUCUGAUAGAUCUGUGACUGAUGGACUAGUGGAGGAGAUGGAAGCUGGAGGUGGGUGUGGCGUGGGGAAAGAGGGACUCAGCUUUUUUUUCCUUUUAUUUAUUUAUUGUACUAGGAAUUGAACCCAGGGGCACUUUACCACUGAGCUGCAUCCCCAGCCCUUACGAUUUUUUGAGACUGGGUUUCACUGUUGCUUCGGGCCUCACCAGGUUGCGAAUCCUCCUGCCUCAGCCUCCCAAGUCACUGGGUUGACAGGCAUACGCCACUCUGCCUGGCCCUCGGAGGCUGCGUGUUGUCCCUGGCUCCUGGCUGUCCCUCACCUGUCCUCCCUCCCUCCCUUGCUCUCCUUCCUAGCUGCCAUGGACUGAGCCCCUUUCCUCCACCAUGAUGCUUCUUCAGAUGAAGAUGGACUGGAACUCUGAAACCAAAGCAAAAUAAACUUCCUUCUCAAAGUUGUUUAUGUCAAGUAU